UCUUUCCACCACCACCAAACAUAUACCAUAUUACGUUUCUCCUCCGAUCCACCAUCGCCAAUAUGGCAAUUAUGAUCACCACCUCACCUAUUCCCAUGAUCACGAUGAUGAUGUUCCUCAUGAUAAUCUCUCCGUCGACCUGCACUCCUCCAGAGGAUCCGAUCCACUGCUCUAAUUCAUCCGCCGCCGCCAACAACACCAACUGCACCAUCACCAACUCCUACGGCGCCUUCCCCGACAGGUCCACGUGUCGCGCAUCCAGCGCAACAUACCCCACGACGGAGGAGGAGCUCGUCGCUGCGGUGGCCGAGGGGACGAGGGCGCGGCGGAAGAUGAAAGUCGCCACCCGCUUCUCCCACAGCAUCCCCAAGCUGGUCUGCCCCGACGGCGACGACGGGCUGUUGAUAAGCACCAAGUUUCUGAACCGGGUUCUCGCCGUCGACAAGGAGGUGAUGACGGUGACCGUGGAGAGUGGGGUGACGCUGCGGCAGCUGAUAGAGACGGCGGCGGAGGCGGGGAUGGCGCUGCCUUACGCGCCGUACUGGUGGGGUCUGACGGUGGGAGGGAUGCUGGGCACUGGGGCCCACGGGAGUUCUCUGUGGGGGGAAGGAAGCGCCGUGCAUGAUUACGUGGCGGAGGUGACGGUGGUGAGCCCUGGGACGGCGGCCGACGGUUAUGUGAAGGUUAGGAGGUUGACGGAGGGCGAUGGUGAGCUCAAUGCGGCCAAGGUGUCGCUCGGCGUUCUUGGGGUUAUUUACAAGGUGACAUUCAAACUGCAACCCUUGUUCAAGCGAUCCCUGAACUACGUGAAGAAAGACGACAAGGAUCUCGGCGAUGAAGUCGUCACCUUUGGAAGCAAACACGAGUUCGCCGACUUGUCAUGGUUCCCCAGUCAAGGCAAAGCCAUCUACAGAAUCGACGAUCGCGUUCCUUCCAACACUUCAGGCAAUGGCAAAUACGACUUCAUCCCUUUCCGCUCCACUCUCUCCUUCGCGUUGGCCGUCCUCAGAUCCGCUGAGGAAACUCAAGAAUCCACCAAGGACGCAAACGGGAAAUGCCUGAGCGGCAAGCUUCGUACAUCGGCACUUCACUCAGCCGGCUUUGGUCUAACCAACAAUGGUCUGACCUUUUCUGGGUACCCGGUAACCGGCUACCACAACCGCCUCCAAGCCUCGGGAACCUGCCUCGACAGCCCAAACGACGGUCUAACCACUGCCUGCCCAUGGGACUCGAGGAUCAAAGGCGAGUUCUUCCACCAAACCACCUUCAGCAUCAACCUAUCCGUCGUCAAGGACUUCAUCCACGACGUCCAAUCACUCGUCGCCAUGGACCCAAAGUCUCUAUGCGUUUUGGACCAGUACAACGGCAUACUCAUGCGUUAUGUAGCCCCUUCGUCCGCCUACCUUGGGAAACAAGAAAACGGGCUGGACUUCGACCUAACGUACUACAGAAGCAAGGACCCCACAUCGCCGCGAAUGUUCGAGGACGUUCUGGAGGAGAUAGAGCAGAUGGCGGUGUUCAAGUAUGGGGCGUUGCCGCAUUGGGGGAAGAAUCGUAACGUGGCGUUCGACGGGGCGAUGAAGAAGUAUCGACAUGGGAAGGAGUUUUUGAAGGUGAAGGAGAAGUAUGAUCCGUUGGGGUUGUUUUCGAGCGAGUGGACGGACCAGGUUCUUGGGUUGAAAAGUGGGUUGAUGAUUGUGAGGGAUGGGUGUGGUUUGGAAGGGUUGUGUGUCUGUUCGGAAGAUAGGCAUUGUGCGCCUAGUAAAGGGUAUUUCUGUAGGCCUGGGAAGGUUUAUAAGGAUGCUAGGGUUUGCAGUAAUAGGUCGGUUAAUUGGGAUUGAUAUUGAUUGUUAUUAUAAGGCGAAACAAAUAUGAAAUAUAUACAAGGAGCCUAUAUAUAAGGGAUUGUAUUAUUAUGGUGACCGUAUAAUGUAAUAGCCAGCUAGGAUGUGAAUGUUAAACACUUGAAAUGUUGUAAAUAUACAUCUAAGUUGUUAUUGACUACAAUGAAUCAUUUUUAUUUAUUUACUAGCUCCAGUACUACUUGAUGGAUAUCGAGUUCGCGGUAGUUGUUAAGUUGGAUUAAGUAAUGCAAUGUCCUAAUGUUAGUUAGUCAUUUAAUUUAAUCAUAAAACUUCGAGCAUCCUAAUCGUACCAUAAAAUUAAUAAAUAAGCUUAUUUAAGACUAUAUAUGUAAAGAGCAGUCUAAAUCCAGAAAAUCCUUUUGCGAUGACAUGUGUCCAAAGUGACACAAAGCCUUGUUAUUGUUCUCCUAAUCCUCAAUUUGUUUGUGGGCAGAUUUGUGCAAAGUAGAUUAAUUGUGUUUUUUGUCUAGUGAUGUGGAGAAAAACAUCCAGAAGUAUGAUGUUGAGUGUGUGGAAAUUGGGAAAGAUGUGGUGAAGAUAUAUGAGGUGAUGUUGUGGAGUCAGUUUUUAUUGAUCUCAUGUGUGAAGAAGUAAAGAAAGGGGAAUCAUAUAACUAGUACCUGUUUAGCAUUGUGAUGUGUUAACAUUACAUCCGGUGCGAAGAACAAAUUUGGUAGAGAUUAUACUAAAGCUUAAUUGAAUGAGAAGCGAGAUGAAAUUGCAUAUUAAAUUUUGCAUGAUUAUCAAAACUGAUGAUUUUUUGUAAGGAACAUGAAAGUUUUAUACAAAGUUGUAAGGAACAUGAUUGAUAUAUAGUAUUAUUAUUUAUUACAGAGACAAUACUUUAUAUUAAAAAGAUGUCCAUCGUUUUCUAGUUUUAUAUUAUUAUUAGAAGUAAUUAAACGCGUUUAUGUUAUUGGUUAAUUUCAUGAUUUUCCGAAAAUAAGAACUAAACAUGUUUUUGAUAUCUAUUUCCUUAUUGUUGUGGUUGCAGUAGAGGUGUGACAAUCCUGUUGCAAUAUUCACAACAACAAACGAUAUUAAACGGGAGCUUAGCUUGUGUUUGACACGAUCUCGACUCAUUAUUGAGUUCAUGAUCUCUAGUGGAGCUCGGUUCAUCAAUUAGCUUGUGAGACCGGUUCGAGCUAACUACCAUAUCAUUUAGUUCAUGUUUUUUAAUCGUUCAUAUAUAUAUAUAAUGUUGUGUAAUAGUAAUUAGUACUUGAACAAUCCAUAAUACAUAAUUUAUCUUCAGUGGCGGAUCCAGGGGGUGGCCACCCCGGGCCCCGGCCCAGCCCUCCUCUGGAUCUGUAGUUAGUAUAGUCCUUAUGAAUUUUUUGAUUUUAGGCAUUCGGCUUAGUGUGAUUUUAUAAUAAAAUUAGGUAUAACUA